UCAUAGUUCCCCGGAACUUCUAUCUGAUCGAGGAACUCGAAAACGGACAGAAAGGUUUUAACGAUGGAACUAUUAGUUGGGGGUUGGAAGAUAACGACGACUCCUCUCUGACAUCUUGGAAUGGCAUGAUAAUCGGUCCUGCAAAAACAGCUUUCGAGAAUCGAAUCUACACAUUACAUAUUAGGUGUGGUGAAAAUUAUCCUGACGUUGCCCCGGAAGUCAAGUAA